AAAUACCUGUGGUGGAUUUCCAGGCCGAACUGAGACAGGCAUUCUUAGCUGAGACACCAAGAGGUGGUUAAAGCAGUAUUGGAACAUCCAGUAGCUGAUUGCCAAGUAAAGAUCAGGUCUUAAGGAUCCUGAAAUUUGACUACGGACUUUGGAUUUGGUGGAGCAGCAAUCAUGACUGUGGGAAAGAGCAGCAAGAUGCUGCAGCACAUUGACUAUAGAAUGAGAUGUAUCCUGCAGGAUGGCCGAAUCUUCAUUGGCACCUUCAAGGCUUUUGACAAGCAUAUGAACUUGAUCCUCUGUGACUGUGAUGAGUUCAGGAAGAUCAAGCCAAAGAAUGCGAAGCAGCCGGAGCGUGAAGAAAAGCGGGUUUUGGGUCUGGUGUUGCUGCGUGGGGAGAACUUGGUUUCCAUGACUGUGGAGGGACCACCCCCUAAAGAUACUGGCAUUGCUCGGGUACCACUUGCUGGCGCUGCAGGAGGCCCUGGGGUUGGCAGGGCAGCUGGCAGAGGAGUACCAGCUGGUGUUCCAAUUCCUCAGGCUCCUGCUGGAUUAGCGGGCCCUGUCCGAGGGGUUGGGGGACCGUCCCAACAGGUGAUGACUCCGCAAGGAAGAGGCACUGUAGCAGCUGCUGCCGUGGCUGCUACUGCCAGUAUUGCUGGAGCUCCAACUCAGUACCCGCCAGGACGGGGUACUCCACCCACACCUGUGGGCCGAGCCACCCCACCUCCAGGCAUAAUGGCUCCUCCACCUGGUAUGAGACCACCAAUGGGCCCACCAAUUGGGCUUCCCCCUGCUCGAGGGACACCAAUAGGCAUGCCCCCUCCAGGAAUGAGACCCCCUCCACCAGGAAUUAGAGGUCCUCCUCCCCCAGGAAUGCGUCCACCAAGACCCUAGGAUAUUGUUGAUCAUUCUUAAUCACUUUUUUUCCUGCAAUGAGUCUUGUGAAACUGUGUUGAGUGUUUGUGAACUUUGUCCCCUCUUGCUGCAUUAAUAUUAGCUAAUAAAUGCAUAGAGCAAUUAAACUGUGA